AUGAAACGGAAUUUGAGUCUGCUGAAACUUGCAGACUGCAGAUGGAAGGCAGAACACAAAGAGUUCAACAGCUUGGUCUUCCCGCAUGGUGUUAAACAGGGAAGGCUAUGCAGAAAGAGUUACAUUACUUAAGAAACUCGCCGAGAGCUGUGUCGCAUCUGAACGCUCAGAGUAGCACUGAACUUGUACUCAGCCGCGCUGGCAAUACAAGUUUAAAGUGUAACCCAACAGAGUUUGGGUUGAAUCCGUUACAUAAAGCAUUCUUGGGGGGAAAGGCGCUUUGGAAAGUGGAAGCGUUUUUUGCUGACAGCACUGAACCUCACGGCAGAUACCUGAAAAGGAACUUUUUCCAUCCGUGAAGCCACGCACUGAAAAGGCCAUCUAUUUCAGACUUCUAUUUCACCCCGUCGCCGCUCGGCAAUUCUCAGGACUGGCAGAACUUGAACUAAAACAUCCUGAAGGGUGAGGCGAAAACUAAAGAGUUUGCAUUAAACCGAGCAGUCGAACUAAACGGCAGGACUCAACUGCCCUGGAGAAGCAGAGAGACGUCCAGUUUGCUGAACAAGUGCACGCUUGCGAACUGAACUAUGGUACAGAAAAUGAGCAGCACGGAGAACACCGAAGCGGUGUUCACAGGGGAGUCUAGUGAUUCAGGAGCCAUGGACAUGGACAUAGCUUCUUCUCCAGCUCCCGGGUCCACGGCAUCCGCAGGGGACAAACUAGAUCCUGGCUGGUGCAAAACCCCCAGCGGCCACAUUAAGAGACCCAUGAAUGCGUUUAUGGUGUGGUCGCAGAUCGAGAGGCGUAAAAUCAUGGAGCAGUCGCCCGACAUGCACAACGCUGAAAUCUCCAAGAGACUGGGUAAGCGCUGGAAGCUCCUUAAAGACAGCGACAAGAUCCCCUUCAUUCGAGAGGCGGAGCGGCUCCGACUGAAGCACAUGGCAGACUACCCUGACUACAAGUACCGGCCGAGAAAGAAGGUGAAGUCCAGCAGCUCCAAACCAGCUGAGAAGGGUGAAAAAACGAGCAACAGCUGCAGCAGCGCUAGCACAAAGACUUCUUUGAAAAAGGGCAGUAACUCGAAAUCGUCCAGCAAACCGCACAAAAUAGUUCUGGGGAGCGCGAAAGCCGCGUUCCCCGAGCAGGGCUCCCAUGCUGUCCCCACAGAUCACCAUUCGCUCUACAAAUCUAAGUCGGUCUCGGCCGCCAAGCAGAUCCCGGACAAGAAGACGAAGCGGGUUUACAUUUUCGGCGGAAGUAACCACGGCAUCAGCCCGUCUUCCGCGGCCGUACCUGCCAGUCCGACUUUGAGCAGUUCUGCUGAAUCCAGCGACCCACUGAGUCUCUACGAAGAUGGGGCAGCGAGCGGCAAAGAAGGCGCCGAGUCUCCUAGCGCGUCCUCGGACCACCAUAGGUACACCAGCAUGCGGGCAUCUUCGCCGACCCCUUCCGCGUCCCAUUCUUCGUCCUCAUCGCAGUCAUCGUCCUCGGAUGAGGAAUUCGAGGACGACCUACUGGACAUAAAUACAAGCCCUAGUUUCGAUAGCAUGUCACUGGGGAGUUUUAGCUCCUCUGUUUUGGACAGAGACUUGGAUUUUAAUUUUGAGUCGGGCGCCGGGUCUCACUUCGAGUUCCCCGACUACUGCACCCCCGAGGUGAGCGAAAUGAUUUCAGGGGACUGGCUGGAGUCGACCAUUUCCAACUUGGUAUUCACAUAUUGAGCGACAAAACCAGGGGAAAUAUUGUCUUUGCUCUUAGAUAAAGGGAUUCCGGAAAGGUGAGUUUGUACCAUACCUUGGGGCCCGAUUGAGACAGAAAGUAAACGAUAUAAAGCGCUGAUGAACUAAGCGAAAGCUUGCGUUUUAUUUCAAGGAUCAAGGACUGUGGCUACCGGUUGGAAAGCAGAAUUUACUGCUUAGUUAUGUGGGAGAAAGAAGCGAAAGAAGAGGAAGAUGGUGCUCUCUGGUUAGGAGUGACUGAGAUCCUAUUGAAAUAAACACUCGGUCUGAACUGGAAAACUGUGAUUGAUUUGCACGUAUAAGAAAGCGGGCUUAGGUCGGCUACUUUAAUCAAUGUUACUUAAAAGGGACAUUUUGAGAAGUUUUAGAAUCGCCAAGUGAACUUCAUUACGUAAGAGGUACAGAAAUGACCUGGGUUGAGCAGUUUUUUCAUCGUGGUGGAUUUAAUAACCAGGUGGGUUUACUUAUGACAAACAUUUUAAAAAAGAAAAAGAAACGCAUGUUAACCUGUCCUCUCUUUUGCUGAGAUUUCUUUAAGACUGUCGAACAGUUAAAACUAGUGUUAGGGUUAUUUAAAUGGAUAGAUGGCGCUAUGUUUGAUUCCUAUGGAUAAAAGGAACAAAAUCACCAGCUGUUUUCAUUCUUAACUUCAGGAUUCAAACGCAACUCAAAUCUGUGCUGAACUUUAUACACUCUACAAUUCAGGACCAAAAUUCUUUAGAGUUGGUUUCUCAGAUGUUAAGUGAAGAGAAUUUCUCGCCGAUUUUUUCAUCCUCGUGUUUUUCCCUUGUACAUGUACUCAGAUGCCAUUUUUAUAUGGAUGUAUUUAUACUGGCCAAACAUUUUUGACUGUAUUAUUUUGUUCUCGUAGGUCUUGUGUAUACCCGCACCGUCUGUCUCCUUCGCCGAAGGGCUAGAGUUUUAACUUUUAAUUUUUUAUAUUUAAAUGUAGACUUUUGACACUUAAAGAGAGGAAACGUUUGAUUAUUUUCUCAGUGUAUUUUUGUACAAAUAUAUAUAAAGGGGGUGUCAAUCGGUGUAUAUCGCUGUUUGGAUUUCCUAAUUUUAAGAACCAGGUGGUUGGUUAUCUCAAAAUCGGCCUCCUAUCCAUGUUUACAGUUUCAAUCUGCAGGCUUCUUAAAGACACAGUGUCUCAAUUUUCGAUACCCCUGUAAACAUGUGCUUCAACACAAGUAAUUUAAGCAGCCAUUUCUGAAUUAUGUUUCAGUAUCUUGCCUAAUAAAGAGAUAUUGUAGCUUUAAAUUAACCAUUUCUUGGCGUUUUUAUAAUGAAAACUUCGGUUUUAACCACUGGAUGGAAUCGAUCACACAACACAUAUUCAAAAUGCCGAUUUGAGUUCGCGACAGUUAUGUACUGCGUUUCUCAUUAUUGUAUUUGAAUAUUUAAUCUUUUCUACUUGUCGGCUAAAUAUAGCUAAUUGUUUUAGUAUUUUAUGGCAUGGUGAAUAGCAUUUGUAUUUCCGAUUCAGGUUUAUAGCUGUUGUGUUCAAAAAGAAAAAGGAAAAACGUGAAAACAUCUUUGUACAUUUGACUGUAUUAUAAGCAAAAGAUUGUGUGUUUAUGUAUGUUGUUGAGCUAUAACAUGACAGGCACUAGAACAGCUAUCUUUAUACAUCCUUACUUACGUUUAAAGUGGUUGUUCAUGAUUUUUAUAUAUACAAUUUAAAUAUAUUAACUUUAUUUUCAUUCAUUCUGUGCAAUAUGCUGUGUAGAAUAUUGUUUUGUCUAAUCAUGCCAUAACACAUUUUGAGGGGAUAACUCAUGCCAGCUAAUCGUGUCAAGUCACUGCCUGUCAGAUUGUCGAUAUACUUCUGUACAUAACUUUUUUCAAGAAGGAAAUAAACUCAGCUGGAACUGAA